AUGAAUGGCAACAGCAAUAACAAAGAGCAAUUGCAGCAAGAAUUAGCCACUACCCAAGACCAAGUGGCUUCGAUUAUUGAGUCCUUUGUAGAAUUGGGUGUCUCCAUAUAUGAUUUUCCUGGUACUCCGGAAGCCACCAAGGGAAUGAUCACAAAUUUGCAAAGAAAUGUGGACCGGCUGUAUAAGCUGAAUGUGAGAAGUAACGAUCCUCAGUCCAGCUUGUCCAAAGUGGACAUUCCCUUGGAAGUUGUUCAAUAUAUUGAGGACGGUAGAAAUCCAGAUAUUUACACAAGAGAGUUUGUCGAAGCCAUAAGAAGAUCGAACCAGUAUCAAAGAGGCAAGAUGCACGGAUUGAAGCAAUUAAGAGAUUCACUUGCUGAUAAGAUUGUGGAUGAAUUUCCAGAGUUGAAAGAACCAGUCGAAGAUAUCAUAAAGAGGACAUCUCCUGUCAACAAUGUUUCCAAUACUCACUAA